AUGGGGUCGAUGAUCGUGCCGAUGGAGCCGAUCAACCACGUCGACGACGGCAACGGCGAUCAGCCGGCCUCCCACGCAGCUCGCCAGCGGCGUCCGAAGUUCCCAAACAUGGUAGCGGUGCCACUCCUGAAGAAGGCGACGGCGGAGUUUCUCGGGACGUUCAUCCUGAUGUUCACCCAGGUGUCGGCCAUUAUCAUAGACGACCAGCACGACGGCGUGGAGGGCCUGAUGGGCAUCGCCGUGUCCGUGGGCCUGGCGGUCACGGUGCUCGUCUUCUCCACCAUCCAUGUAUCUGGGUGCCACCUGAACCCCGCGGUGAGCAUCGCCAUGGCGGCCUUCGGCCACCUCCCGCCGGCCCACCUCGCCCCCUACGUCACCGCGCAGGUGCUGGGCUCCACCGCCGCCUCGUUCGUGGGCAACGCCAUCUACCACCCCGUGAACCCCGGCAUCGCCACCGUCCCGAGCGUCGGCGCCGUCGAGUUCAUCAUCACCUUCGUCCUUCUCUUCGUCAUAACCGCUGUGGCCACGGAUCCUCAUGCAGUGAAAGAACUGAUCGCGGUGGCAGUUGGCGCGACGGUAGUGAUGAAUAUUCUCGUCGCAGGGCCAUCAACAGGUGCAUCUAUGAACCCUGGGCGUACGAUUGGACCGGCGAUUGUUACGGGGAGAUACAACAAGAUUUGGGUUUAUCUGGUGGCUCAACCACUGGGUGCUAUUGCAGGAGCUGGAUCCUACGUUGCAAUUAAGCUGUAGUUACGAAUAUGCACACGAAAAGGAGUUACUAG